CAGAGCAAACUGAGUUAUAAAGCAAGGACUAAAAAUGGUGAAAGCAAAAUCAGAGUUAUGGAUGGAAAAAAAAUCAGAGAAUUAAAUUUCUAUUGAAGUUGGAAGUUGGGGGUAGGAAGACUAUAUAGUACUUGUCUGAUCAUGUUAGGAGAAAAAUUUAAAGUUCAUAAAUUAAGAUUACUACUACUUCUCAGAGUGAAAAAAAGAUAAAGAAAGAGCAGAGUGUGAGCUAAGGGUUUAGAGAUCGGAACUAUUAAACAAUCAUGAAACUCAAUCAACGAGAACUACAACUACUUCCAGCUUCAGGGUCGUCUCAUCGUGCAAAUGCUCAAGGAAUGGGUACUGGAAAUACAGCAUUUUCAAGAUUGCAGUUGGAGGUUUUUAAAGGAGAUAGGACUAAAAUGGGAAGAAAGUGUGAGGAUUGUGAAAAGUGGGAAGAAGAAAUGUAUUGGUCAAAGUUUAAAGUGGUGCAUUUCUUCUCUGUUCUUACAAACAAUUUCCGCUACCAACUUAAAUUUCCAAAGAAGUUGGUAAAUAAAUGUUUGGUGAAUGAAUUAUCAGAGAUUAGUGUAGUUACUCUGAAAGGACCAAGUGGGAGAACUUGGACUGUCCAAUUGAUGAAAUAUGGCAGUGAGGAAUUGUAUUUGAGCAAGGGAUGGGAAGUAUUUGUUAAGGAACAUAAUCUGAAAGAAAAUGAUGUUUUGCUUUUCAAGUACAACUUAGGGACUUCAGUUUUUGAUGUCGUAAUGUUUGAUGAGGCAAACUUUUGUGAGAAAGAAAGGGCACAUUCUAAAAAUGAAGGAAGCCAUAGGAGUACCAAGGAGUGGUUGGAUGAGGGAAGAAAAAGAGUAGAAAGGGAGCCAUGGAUUGAUGUCAAAGGUUGUCAUAAGAGUAAGGGGUUGAAUGAGGGAAGAAAACGAGUCGAAAGAGAACCUUCUUUUGAAAUUAUUGAGACUAAGACAGUUCGUUACAAGAAGAAAGCAAUGACCAUUAGCGAUAAUGAUGAGGAGGAUGAGCAAGUUUACGGAAGAGUCAUUGUUCAUCCAAGAUUAGAAAGACAACCUUCUUUUGAGAUAAUUGAACAUAAGAAGGUUCAUUACAAGAAGAAAGCAAUCGCCAUUAGCGAUGAUGAAGAGGAGGAGGAAGUUUACGGAAGAGUUAUUGUUCAUCCACGUUCGUCUAAUCCACUUCCUGGUAGUAAAGGCAAAGCUCUAGUUCCUGUCAAGCCCGAAGACGUAUCAGAAGAUGAUGAAGUCACCCCAGUAAACCCGUUGGCGCUUGUGUUAAAAAGAGAGUCCGGAAAAGAAGAACAUGAAGUUUUUGAACAAGCUGUUCGUGAAGGUAAACGAAGGAGAGCACCACAUUUCGUUGUAAGCAUGAAACGCUCACAUAUAUCGGCCAUCUACUACAUGACGGUUCCUGUUGAUGCAGCAAGAAAGCAUAUAGCUCCUGGAACUAAACGUAUAUAUCUCGAGAUGAAUGGAAAAACAUGGAAAGCUAAGUAUGUAUGGAAAAAAGAGGGAGUAAAUUCAGGAAUUACUGGUAGGGGUUGGACUGAUUUUGUACAAGAAAACACCAUAAAAGUUGGAGAUGCCUGUUUGUUUGAGAUUACUUCUCCAUCGGCUACAACUUCAAAGAAAUCAGUUCGUUUUAAAGUCAGCAUCUUUCGAACCGAUGAAGAUGUCCUGUAGAAGGGGGAGACAUCCCACAAUGAAGAGAUGGGGAAAAUCACAGAGACUGUUGAGUCAGACAUUUCUUAUCUGUUUGAUUCUUGUUUAUUUUUCUCAAAAAAUUCUCAGUUUACUGUUAGACACUAAAUCUAGUUUAAAACUAAGGUUCAAUUUCGGA